AUGGGGCUGUCAGCACUGGAACGGUACAACUCAUUGAUUCGUCCCGAGAUCGAAGGUAUCCUGAACAACAUCGAAUUACCAGAGGGCGAGAAGUUGAUAGUAAAACUAUACAUGAUGGGGAGGAGUGAGCAGAGAGUCAAACCAAUCGUUAUGAUUUGCUGCCCCGACAAGUUAACGCGCAAGAAAGCCAAAGACUUGAUCCGAGAGAGUGAGCUUCUUGAGCGGCAGGAAAACUCUGGGUUCGGACUGGGCUCAACCGCAUUCCCUUUUGAGACCAGUUUUGUACCCCAACCUCUGGGCAAGGGCAUAUACUUGGAUAUCAACCCAUGUACGGAAAGUUCGUUGAAAGUCGACGUAUAUGGCUUGACCGAGCCGGGAAUUGGAAGGAAACUCGGGUUCGUUGCCUCAGGCCAAAGUGGCUGGACCGUACAGUAUGCUACGGGUGGGCCGAUCGUGCGCCUCGGCGGCCAUCUUUACCAAUUGACGGUUGCCCAUGCUACCAAGCCCAUUGCUGGUACAAAAGCUCCACAAGAGGAGGACUGGGACGCAGAUGAGUGUGAGUUUGAUGGACAAUCCGACGAGGAGGAUGACGAACACAUCAUUCUCAGCAGAGGCAGUCUCAGCCCUCGAGGCCUCGUGAGAGACACCUGGACGGAUCCCGACUCAGACCAGCAACAGUCCCAACAGUCUUCGGUCUAUUCGGACUCAUACCCCGAGACACCAGACACGCGACUUUUCGAAACUCAGAGAUUCACCUCACCAAUGAUGUCUCCCAGCCCAGUGCACACAGUUCAGGAGCAUGACGAAUGGAAGUCGUCCACUCUCCUGGGCUCAUUCCCGAUGCCAGACGGUUAUGGCGGGGAGCUAGACUACCUCUUGAUCAAACUACCAGCAGAGACAUCUGAUCUAGUGAAGGCGCUCAAUGAGGUAACGUUGGACGAGCCAUUCAGAUCACGGGGCGUCCAAGUCCACGACAUUGCGAGCUCCAAGAAUGAAAAUGUCAGCAUAUUGGCGAUUACCUCCCGGGGGCCCAUCCCUGGAAACAUGUUAUUGGAUGCAGUCUCGCUCAAGAUCCGCAGGUCGUGUGCCUUUCAGCAGUUGCUUACUGUGUUGCUCUCAAAGCCAUUGAGGCAAGGAGACUCUGGCUCGGCCGUAAUCGACGCCCAAACAGGGCACUUCUACGGUUAUGUGCUGGCGGAGGCCCGGAGGGAGGUGGAAAGACUGGCCACCGAAUUGCGAGACAGGCGCUCGGAGGCCGAAGGCAGCCGCCAAGCGACCUUGCUUGAUCCUGCACUGGUGCGAGGUAUGCAAGCCGCGGCCUCGGGCCGGAGGUUCCAGGACGAGCUGAAUGCCCUCGAACGGUGGUUCUAUGUCGUGGACGCGGGGCAGCAAGGCGUGGCAUUGCACACCAUGCUCCAGAACGCCAACCCGGCACAUAUCGACUAUGUCAGUCAUGUUUUGCGCUCCUCCCUAGCGGGUGAGCCAGGCCCAUACCAGGAUGAACAGCAAACUGUGGACAUGAACGAUGUCGAAUGA